GUUUAGGUUAGAGAUGAGGGUUGGUUGGUUAGGUAUUUGUUUUUUUAGCCUUCACCUUACAGUUUGAGUUUUAUUACUCAUCAUUUAAUUCUGACUCUGAAUAGUUUUUGAAUUGCCAAAAAAUGGAGUGUAAAGAUAAAUUCAAAGAUAGUGUGAAUUGUAAUUUAAGUGAAGGUUUUAAAUAUCUGAGGAGUAUGUACGAAUCAACUACUUUUGAAAACUCGAUUGAUAGGUAUAUUAAAGUUGAGACUUGGGAUCUCGAAUUAACCAAAUCAGCUCUUCUAGAACUACAGAAUAUUUUGCUCAAUCCAGAAUAUACAGUCAAUGUUGCCUGUGCAUUUCCUGAACUGGUGCUAGUCCUAUUGUCGAUGCCUGGAAAUGUCAACCAUGCAAAGAAGUGUAUAGCUAUGGGGAAGUUAUUAGAUACUCACCCUGAUGUUUUACAGUAUUCCAUUAAAUAUUUUGAUAAAAGUCCAGCACCAUGGGAAAACCAUUUUACUAAUACAGGAGAAAUUCCUAAAAAGAAAAGAAAAGAUGUCAAAGUUGCUGAGGUUGAAGUAGUAGAAACAUGUUUGCGGUUUUUAAGAUCAUCAGCGAGUCAUUUUAAAACUGUAUGGAAAUGGUCAGAAUUUGCCAGGAGAUUUCUCAAACAUGAAGACAACAGAGUUGUAUGGCUAGCUUGCCACUGCAUGGGGAUUGUCACAGGUAUGGAUGAGACACAGUUACGACAAAUGGUUGCAAGUUAUUGUAAAUUCCCACCACAAGCCAGUGAAUGUGAAACCUUGUUGCCUUCUAUUUCUGCCUCGUUAUGUGAUAAGGUGUAUUUAGAAAUACCAUUUAUCAACGAGAUUUGUCCGUCCGUGGUGUCAGUUGCAGGAGUCACCUUACCGGUUUACGAUCCAUCCCAGAAAUCAACUGGCUCGUUGGUAGCUGUCAGUUCGACGUGGAAGAACUUGCGCCGAGCUACCCUAGGAGUGGCGAGUGGUAGAGCAGUCUGCUUAAUGGGUCCAGUAGGGUGUGGAAAAACAGCUACGGUGCACCAUCUGGCUCAGUUGACAGGUCGACCGGAACUACUGAAGAUUCAACUUGGAGAUGAGACAGAUGCCAAGAUGUUGCUAGGAGCUUACUGUUGUACUGACGUUCCGGGAGAGUUUAUCUGGCAGCCUGGUCUACUGACUAAGGCAGUGUCUAGUGGCCAGUGGUUGUUGUUGGAAGAUAUAGACAGUGCUACAAGUGAUGUGAUUGCAGUGUUGGCUAGUCUGUUAGAGACAGGGUGUGUCAAUGUACCUGGCUACCGAGAUAAUCUACAAGCUGCUCCUGGCUUCCAGCUAUUCUUCAGUUACAGGUUACUGUCUGGAGCCACUGGACUAUAUAAGCAACGCAGCAAUGCAUGUGAGUUGUUGGAAAAGCACUGGGUACAAGUCAACAUGGAACCUCUAUCAAGAGAAGAGCUUCAAUACAUUAUACAAGUUAAGUUUCCAGUGUUGAAGACAGUGGCCAGUAGAAUGGUCAGUUUGUACCUCAAGUUUUCAGCCGGAGAUCAUGAGGGUUUGAGUUCUCAUACUGCUCAUGGUAGACUAACUUCCACCAGAGACCUCAUGAAGUGGUGUGCUAGGGCUGUUAUUGGGUUUGACGUUUCUUCUCCUGAAUCUGCCCUCAAGGUUUUACAAGACGCGAUAGAUAUCUUCUGCUGUAACAUAAAUAAUCCUGAGAACAGAGUUGUCCUGGCCAAGAGUGUUUCUGCCAAUCUAGGAAUCGUCCAAACAAAAGCAGAGUUUUUCUUGAGUGGCUACAAACCUCAACCAAUCAAAGUAGUUGGAAAAUAUUGUGUCGUAGGAAGAGCCUCAUUGCCUGUCAGAGAAAAGACAACAUACGAGAGGUGUCGUGACUUGCAGUUUGCCCAAACUCGUCCGUCAGCUUGUCUAUUGGAGCGUGUUGCUGUCUGUCUGUCAUUACAAGAGCCAGUGUUGCUGGUAGGAGAGACAGGAACAGGCAAGACGACCACGUUGCAGUUGUUGGCUCACUACACUGGACAUAAACUGGUCGUUCUAAACAUGAACCAACAAAGCAACAGCGCUGACUUGCUCGGAGGGUUUAAACCUGUGGAUAUCAAGUUCAUCGUCACACCUAUUAGAUGCGAAUUUGAAAAACUGUUUAGGAGCUACUUCAAAGUUGACCAGAAUUUGAAAUUCUUGGAGCAUAUUUCUAACUGUUUCACUGGUAAAAAGUGGACUCAGCUACUUCAAUUGAUGAAGCACAGUCAGUCAGCUGCUGUGAAGCGACUCACAAGUGAAGCAGGUGACAAACAGCUGUUGGUACAGUGGAGAAGCCUGGGUGAGAAGAUACACAGGCUGGAGACACAACUGAAACAAAACCAAGCCAUGUUGGCAUUCAAAUUUGUGGAGGGCACCCUUGUACGAGCUUUAAAAGAAGGCUGGUGGGUGUUGCUGGAUGAAAUUAACCUAGCCUCGGCAGAGACGUUGCAGUGUCUAGCAGGGCUGCUGGAGGGAGGUGCGUUACUAGAAGGGGAAAGUUCUUCAUGCCAUCCUCAUCCUGAGUUUCGUUUACUGGCUGCCAUGAACCCAGCAACUGAUGUGGGCAAGAAGGAUCUGCCUCCUGGUAUUCGCAACAGGUUCUCUGAGCUGUAUGUAGAUGAGUUGACAGACAGGACAGAUCUGGCACUGUUGGUAGGGUGUUAUCUACCUGAGCUGCCACCAGCACGUACUGACGCUAUAGUCAGGUUCUAUCUUGAUGUAAGACAAGCAGCUAUCAACAGUCUCUGUGAUACGACUGGCCACAAGCCUCACUACAGUUUGCGCACGUUGUGUCGUGCCCUGGUAGUGUCCGCUAGUAAUUCUUGUGGCAACUCUCAGCGCACUCUACAUGCUGCAUUGUGUCUAAGCUUCCUCACACAACUUGACACCAAGUCACACCAAGCUGUACUCAACAUGAUAAACAGGGCUGUUGCUGAAGGGGGAGACAUAAAAAGUGUAUUGGGCCAACCAAUACCUGAACCUCUACCUCUGGGCAAACAUAUCUGCUUUGAGGGCUACUGGGUGAAGAAAGGAAACCUCAAGCCUGCCUUACCAGACAAUUAUAUCCUGACUCCCUGUGUAAGACGCAACCUGCAGGAUCUGUCUCGUAUUGUGUCCCUAUCGCAGUACCCAGUUUUGGUUCAGGGAGACACGUCUGUGGGGAAAACAAGUUUGAUUACUUUCCUAGCUGCAGCUACUGGCAACAGAUGUGUUCGAAUCAACAACCAUGAACACACAGAUCUUCAGGAAUACAUUGGGUCUUAUUGUGCUGAUGAAACUGGCCGUCUUGUGUUUAGAGAAGGUGUUCUUGUACAAGCGAUGAGGCAAGGACACUGGAUUAUCUUGGAUGAACUAAACUUGGCUCCGACUGAUGUCCUGGAGGCUUUAAACAGAGUCCUGGAUGACAACCGGGAACUGUACAUCCCAGAGACACAGGAUACAGUCAAAGCCAAUCCGGGAUUCCAGUUGUUUGCUACCCAAAACCCCCCCGGACUCUACGGAGGAAGAAAGAUGCUCUCUAGAGCUUUUAGGAACAGAUUUGUUGAACUGCAUUUUAAUGAGAUUCCAGGGCCAGAGUUGGAAACUAUUUUGCAUCAAAGAUGUGCAAUGCCGAUGUCGUACUGUAAGAAGCUAGUUUCUGUAAUGUCGGACCUGCAACUUCACAGGAAAGGAAGUGCUACUUUCGCUGGUAAACUAGGUUUCAUCACUCUGCGAGAUCUUUUCCGGUGGGGAGAACGAUAUCGUCUGGCCAAUCUCAAUCAAGGCAAAUUUUACGACUGGGACCAGCACAUAGCGGACGAAGGAUACCUUGUGUUGGCUGGAAGAGUACGCAAGUCCGAGGAGACCCAAGUGAUCCAACGAGUUAUCCAGAAACACAUCAAGCGAUCCGUGGAUCCUGAAAAGCUGUUUACAUUGUCAGAGAAUACAAGCCCUGUAACUAGACAUAUCUUGGAGAGAGUGGUAGGGGGAAAACUGCCGCAAGGGUUCUCACACAUUGUGUGGACAUUCAACUUGAGACGGCUCGCUGUGUUGGUUGGAAAGGCCUGUGAGUUUAAGGAGUCAGUUUUGCUGGUUGGUGACACUGGAUGUGGAAAAACAACAGUUUGUCAGCUGUUAGCUGCACUGAACUGUCAACAGCUGUUUUCAGUAAACUGCCAUCAACAUUCAGAGAGUUCUGAUUUUCUUGGUGCCUUGCGGCCUGUUAGGGAUCGUUGUAAAGAGGGGAGUGCAGGCAGGUUGUUCGAGUGGGUUGACGGUCCAUUAGUGGAGGCUAUGCGCGGUGGACAUGUGUUCUUGGCUGAUGAAAUCUCAUUAGCAGACGACAGCGUGUUGGAACGUCUCAACUCGCUGCUGGAGCCAGAACGAACGUUGCUUCUGAGUGAAAAAGGAGUUGCUGAUGAACAAUUUGUGGUUGCCAAAGAAAACUUCAGGUUCUUUGGAACAAUGAACCCCGGUGGUGAUUUUGGGAAGAAAGAGUUAUCGCCAGCUCUUCGUAACCGUCUCACAGAGAUAUGGUGUGAAGGAAUCUCGGAGAGACAGGAUUGGUUGAGUGUAAUUGAGCACAAUGUGCGGCUGGGACUUAGCCUAGGCAACCAACAAGAUGCUACAUCCGGGGUGGGCAAUCUCAUGCUGGACUUUCUGGACUGGUUCCAUAACACACAAGUGGGCAAGAGGGUGACUGUAAGUGUAAGGGAUGUGCUGACUUGGGUAAGCUUUAUCAACACAGUAACAGCGGAGGAUUCUGCCUUAGACGUAUCCUCUGCCUACAUACAUGGAGCUUGUCUUACAUUGGUCGAUGGCCUGGGUUCGGGUUCCACCUCUGGGGUAGUUGACAGGGCUGAGUUGGUGCCAAAGUUACGAAGAUCUUGUUUGGACUUCCUGGUUGGACAAGUCGAGAAAACUUCAAUUUUUCAUCCAGAAAUCAAAGAUAUUUUCAUUACUGAGAAAAUUCCACUGGCAGUUUCCACUCAUACACACUUUGGAAUACCUCCAUUUUUUAUACCUGUUGGUGAGAACGUGAGGUCAGAACAGGAAGAUUUCACAUUCAAUGCCAAAACCACCAGUCUCAACACCUCCAGACUGCUAAGAGCACUACAACUGCCUGGACGAGCAGUUCUCCUAGAAGGCAGCCCUGGUGUUGGUAAGACUAGCAUAGUAGCAGCACUAGCUAGGGCAGCUGGCCACUCUCUCACAAGGAUCAACCUGUCAGAUCAGACGGAUGUGUCGGAUCUGUUUGGGGCAGAUCUCCCUCUUGAAGGAGCGGAGGGGGGAAGCUUUGAAUGGCGAGACGGACCGUUUCUAAGAGCACUGAAACAUGGGCACUGGAUAUUACUUGAUGAGUUGAAUCUGGCUUCACAAUCCGUGCUCGAGGGACUGAACGCUGUUCUUGAUCACCGAGGAGAGUUAUUCAUUCCCGAGUUGAGUCGUUCGUUCACUAUAGAGUCCACAAAGACAAGACUGUUUGCUUGUCAGAAUCCCGUGAGACAAGGUGGAGCGAGACGAGGUCUACCGCAAUCAUUUCUGAACAGGUUUACUCAGGUGUAUAUGGAGCCAUUGACAGCAGAGGACCUCUGUUUUAUCACUUUAACCCUCUUCCCCCACCUCCCCUUUCCCUUGGUAGAAGGGAUGGUUCGAUUCACCUUACGACUUGCACAGGAAUGUGGGAACGAGUGGGCGCAGCGUGGAGCCCCGUGGGAGAUGAAUCUACGUGAUGUGACACGUUGGGCUCAAGCCAUGGGUGAAAGAAAGCCCCAUCCUGAGAGAUAUGUUCAGCUUGUGUACGCUGACAGGAUGCGGACUGCGGUGGACAAGCAGAAGGUGUUAGAGUUAUACACACAAGAGUUGGGAAGCAGUUAUCCUUUGUCUAUGAAGGAAUCAGAAUUGAUUGUCACUCCCAGUGAGGUCAUGAUCGGAGAUGUUAUUCUUCCCAGGCAAUGCAGCUCCGAGGCAGUUGACACCUCUUCACAAAAUCUGGUUCUCCGCAGUCAGCUGUCUCCACUGCAUUCUCUAGCAGCUUGUGUUGCUAACAACUGGUUGUCCAUCAUGGUUGGUCCCAGUGGUAGUGGCAAGAGUCAUGUGGUACAUACACUUUGUUACUCAGAAUAUUGAUGUUACAGGUUCUCC